AUGCAAAAACCACUCAGGGACAAGCGUGACUUACCUUCUCCCACCAGUACUGGGGCGAGGUGGUGGUCGCGUGCUUCGUCUUCUUCUGCCCCACCAGGAAUACACUUCAGUGGUGAGCAUCGCCAACAGCAAGAACGCAAGAAGUACUCUCAGGUUCAUUGUUAUCUAGAGGAACUUAUGGUAAGUACAAAAAAUAAUGAUUUUUUUUACAUUCAAAAUGAGAUUUCCUCAACUCAUCACGGUCAAAUUAAAAGGGUUGUUUUCUAUUUCAGUCUACUUAAGAAAUUAAUGUUACCUCUAUGGUUAAGCUCGCCUCGACAAGCUCCAAAGCAACGCUACCAGUG